CAUGUGCCCGUGGCUGCGGCGAAUCACCGGAAUCUCUGGAGAAACGUCAAGCCUCUUCCUCAUCAUUUCCCAUUCUCUUCUGAGUCUAGCCUCAAUGGCCCUUUUUCCCUGCGGGGGAAAUCUAGGGUUAAAGAAUCCGAGUCGCAUUAAUCCAAUCAUUUCUGCUUUCUCUGUGAGAUUCGCUGUUUUGGCCGUCGAGGCGAACCUUCGUUGGGGGGAGACCCUUCCCAUGGUAUCCCUUGUCCUUACAACGUCUGGCCUCAAGAGGCAAAUUACACUACCUUCUUUCACCAUGAAUUGUGUUGUAUGGCUACUGCUAGAUUGAUCCAUCUGCCAUCUGUUUCUUGCGGUAUUUUAUGUUAAAGCUCGUUCCAUUUCAUGGUCAUAGAGCAGCAUAUCUUGAUUCUUACAAAGUUUCUCCUAUACUUUGCUCAAGUAAACUGCAAGUUACACGUCCACCCUGUCUGAUCACUACUCUGCCAAUAUAGCUUCACCUCGACCAUGAAUUGGCGGGGAACCUAUUCUUGACACAUAGAAACUGUCAAUAGCCGUGUGUACAACAAUCGAUGACCAUGGCAGCGGUUGAGAAGGCCUUCUGGACUGCUGCAGCCGGUUUGGAAGCUGCCUUACCACCUAAGGUUGAUACUGCCCGCUCUGUGCAGCCGUUGAUUUCGCCGACGGAGGAGAUGUACCACAUCCUUUUUCAGCUACCAGGAGAGCCAAGCGACGCAAAGGUAGCUUUUGAGAAACAGCUUGAGGCCUUCGUUGGUCAUAUUGGAUUUCUCGAAAAUAGUGCACUGCAGCAGGGCGACAUAUCGCCUCCGCAUUCAGAAACAGAAAAUGAUUAUUCACCGCGGUCUACACAGUCCCUGGAGUGCACCAGGAGGGUCAAAAGUCCCUCACCUCGUAAGCGGAAGUUUGAAUGGCUAGAUGACAUACAAAUCAGUCGCCCUGUGAAUACUAGCUCUGAGAAUGAGUUUGCAAGUGAGGAUCAUUAUUCUCUCGUGAAAAGGGCACUUGAUGAGCAGAGGGAAGAAAUCAGACUUCCGAGGGAAGUCGUCUCUAGCCUUUUCUGUGAAUUGCUUCGUCACCGUGCAGCAAAUAAACACCCAGAUCAUGAGGUAGACCUCCGGAAACACCAACAGAUGAAUAAAGCAUUUCAGACGGCAUUACAGGAGAUCGCAAAGGUCAUCACUAAAGUUGCCAAUGGGGACCUCUCCACGAAAGUUCCAAUCCACCCAUUAGAAAUGGACUCAGACAUCAUCACGUUCAAAGUCACGAUGAACGCCAUGCUUGACCAGCUCCGGGUUUUCGCCAGUGAGGUGUCCAGAGUAGCGUGGGAGGUGGGAACCGAGGGCAUUCUCGGUGGCCAGGCCCAAGUGUCUGGGAUGCACGGCGUUUGGCGAGAAGUCACUGACAAUGUUAACACCAUGGCUUUGAACCUUACCAAUCAGGUCCGGGAAAUUGCAGUGGUCACUACUGCGGUGGCGCAUGGGGAUUUAAGCAAGAAGAUCGAACGUCCUGCCAAAGGCGAAAUCUUCCUGUUGCAGAAUACGUUCAACACCAUGGUAGACCAGCUCCGUACUUUUGCCACUGAGGUUAUCCGUGUCGCCCGUGACGUGGGUAUCGAAGGCGUCCUUGGCGGGCAAGCACGCGUAUACGGUACUCAAGGGAUGUGGAACGAGCUUACAACCAAUGUCAACGCAAUGGCCAAUAACCUGACAAUGCAGGUACGGGACAUUGCAACCGUGACUACUGCCGUUGCAAAUGGUGACCUCACUCAGAAGGUCCGGGCAGACUGCAAGGGAGAGAUACUGGCUCUGAAAAAUAUUAUCAACUCAAUGGUUGACCAGCUCCGCCAAUUCGCCCAGGAGGUGACGAAGAUUGCCCGAGAAGUCGGUACGGACGGUGUUUUAGGAGGUCAGGCGACCGUUCACGGGGUUGAAGGGGUCUGGAAGGACCUAACAGAGAGUGUUAACAGGAUGGCGAUGAACCUUACAAAUCAAGUUCGAGAGAUUGCGGACGUGACAACCGCUGUUGCUCGGGGCGACCUGAGCAAGCGUAUCACUGCUAAUGUAAACGGAGAAAUCCUGAGUCUCAAGGACACUAUCAAUGGGAUGGUUGGUCAACUGAAUCAGUUUGCCUCCGAGGUAUGUAAAGUGGCUCGUGAGGUUGGUGUUGAUGGAACCCUAGGGGGCCAGGCCGUUGUCGCCAAUGUUGAGGGAGAGUGGAAAGCCUUGACAGACAAUGUCAAUAUGAUGGCCGACAAUCUUACCUCGCAGGUUCGAGCGUUUGGACAAAUCACCAAUGCCGCCACUGAUGGCGACUUCAGUAAACUGAUUACCGUCAGUGCGUCAGGCGAAAUGGACGAACUGAAGCAAAAGAUCAAUAAAAUGAUCUCCAACCUACGCGACAGCAUCCAGAGGAAUACUGCAGCCCGAGAGGCAGCUGAAUUAGCCAACCAGAGUAAAUCAGAGUUCUUGGCAAAUAUGAGCCAUGAGAUUCGGACGCCCAUGAACGGUAUUAUUGGCAUGACUCAACUGGCACUUGACACCGACGAUCUCCCUCCCCCUACCCGAGAGAUGUUAAACGUGGUCCAUAAUCUAGGAAAUAGCCUCCUUGUGAUUAUUGAUGAUAUUCUUGAUAUCUCAAAGAUCGAAGCCAACCACAUGAAGAUUGAGGCUGUUCCUUUCAGUCUGGGGCAAACGGUUUUCAAGGCCCUAAAAAUUCUUGCUGUCGAGGCGAGUGAAAGAAGCCUCCAUCUUACAUACCAUAUCAACAAUUCUGUCCGGGACUAUGUGAUUGGGGAUGCUUUCCGGUUGAGGCAGAUCAUUUUAAAUCUGAUCGGGAACGCCAUUAAAUUCACCGAGACGGGUCAGAUUCAGCUUACCAUCAAGGAGGCAACGCCAAUAUGUCCUACCGGCAAGUAUAUGCUCGAGUUUUCUGUCUCAGAUACUGGGAUUGGCAUCGACAAAAGCAAGUUGGAUCUGAUAUUCGACAAGUUUCAACAGGCCGAUGGCUCCAUGACAAGGAAGUUUGGCGGUACUGGUCUUGGCUUGUCAAUUUCGAAGAAGUUGGUCAACCUAAUGGGAGGAGAUAUAUGGGUUACCUCGGCUGUGGGUGUCGGAAGCACUUUCCAUUUCACCUGCGCGUUUACAUCCUUAGAUCCUCCUGUCAAGGACAUUGCCAAGUAUGUUAUACCAUAUAAAUGCUGUCGCGUAUUAUUCGUUGAAGAAGUCCAUGGCCACUGCAAUGAGGACCCGCGGACAAUUCAACAGAUGUUACAAGAGAUGGGCCUCGACGUGGAUGUCGUGAAGCUUGAGGAUGGUACUCCGCCAGAAACUGUGAUUCAACACGGCAAAGAGCUCCGCCGGCAAUCACAAUACGAUGUCUUGAUUGCCCAGACGAUAGACUCUGUCUCUCAUCUGAGAGAUUUCGACCAAUUCAAGACCCUUCCUGCUGUACUGGUGUGUCCAGUGGUUUCAGUGCCCAUGAAGUCCGCUUUAGAUCUGGGCAUCACAUCCUACGUAACAACACCUUGUCGUCCGAUCGAAUUAGCCAAUGGCAUCCUUCCGGCUUUGGAAGGUCGGCCUUCACGCAGUUCCUCAGAAAAGACACACCCCUUGGUCAUUUUGCUUGCCGAGGACAACGAGGUGAAUCAAAAGGUAGCUCUUAAAGUAAUGCAAAAGUAUCACCAUAACGUGACAGUUGUGUCUAACGGGCAAGAAGCUCUAGAUGAGUUUCGCCAUAAACAGUACGAUGUGAUCUUGAUGGAUGUACAGAUGCCGGUUAUGGGUGGAUUCGAGUCAACUAUUAGAAUCCGGGAGUACGAAAGGCUCCAUACACUUCCACACACACCAAUUAUUGCCCUGACGGCUCAUGCAAUGUUCGGUGAUCGUGAAAAAUGCAUUGCAGCGGGAAUGGAUGACUACCUUCCCAAGCCGCUCAACCAGACACAAAUGAUGGAAAUGAUUCACAAACAUGCUGCGCUUCGAGAUGCUCUAUGCUAAUUUUGGCUACUAUCCCACUUUUUUCCCAUGGCCCAUCAUCUCUUCAUCAGUAUGUCCCAAACUUACUUGUCAUUGUUCCCCUUUAAGCCAAUAAUUCUUACGUGCCAUGACUGAAUAGUGGCUGUUUGAUGAUCCUAUUCUAGUUCACGUUUCUCGCUCGUUUGAAAGCCUUGCACUUCCUUUUUCGCUUUACUAAGAUCGAAUUUCUUACAACUCCAGAGCUGUAUAUAGUCCUUUGUCGUCACACAAUUUGGUAGGGGGAGGACACUCUUCACCCGGCCCUCUUGUAUCCCACCUAGUGACUUUGGGAUUGUAGCAGUACUGUCAAACCCUAAUAAAAUGACCUGCAUCUCAGGAAAUAUGCCUUCACGAGAUCUACA